AUGAAUGGACUAAAAAUUGUAAAAGCGCUAUUGAUUCGAAUAGCUCUGAUAGCACACGGAUUAAUUUGUGCAUGGAGAGUGGUCGAUACAAAUGAUAAUCAGUAUUGUUGGGUUAUAUUAGUGGGUUUGGGAUUUCUACUCGUUGAAACAGGAAUUGUUAUAUGGUUAAGAAAUGGACAAGAAUUUAAAACUGUCGCAUUUUGCAUCAUUUUUUAUAUGACAUGUAGUGCAUCAUCCUUAUGGAUUAUUCAUGUAGAAACAGCUAAUAAAAAAUUAUAUCGUUUGGCUGAAAGUAAACUGUCGGCAAGACGAGCACCCACAAUUGGAGGAAAAUUAAAUAAAAAUAGUAUCAUUGAACAUCAUAAAAAUUCAAGUAUAUUAGCUAGAUUAAUAACACAUUCUACAACAACAACAGCAGCACAACAAACGGUAUUAUCCAUAGCUCAAGUGGAUUGCGAAGAUAAGGCCUGGUAUUAUGUGGAUGAACAACGAUGGCUUGAUGCAUUACAAGAAUCAAUGUUAGCAUUAUUAUGUUUAUGUCGUCUAUUAAUUAGUCGUGAUCAUUUAUCAGUUGAAAAAAGUGGUAUUUUAUUAAUAUUAUCAAUAAUGAAUAGUGCUGAUAUAUUAUCAAUAUCAAAUUCACUACAAUAUCAUGAUGUUAUUAUUGAACGUUUAUGGAUGUAUGUUGGUUUAAUUUUAUUUACCAUUGUUUUAUUUCAAUUAGCAUUUAUUGAAACAAAUGGUUUAACAUAUUCUUAUUUUAAUUCACAACAACAACAACAACAACAACAAAGACGUUAUUAUUAUCAUAAAGGACAAACUGUUGCUGAACGAUUUCGUUCAAGAUUACAUCGAGCUAGUAUAGAAAAAAUUAAUUUUUUACAAGAUCAAUUAAUUUGUCCAUUAUUUAAAUGUUUAUUUUUACAUGAUGGUUUAUUUUUAAUCUAUCGAAUAUUAUUAUCAGUUAAAAUUCGUUGUUCUAAACCAACAUUAAUAUUUUAUAUAUCAAAAAAUGUUUUUAUGAUAUUAUAUCAAUGUUAUCGAGUUUAUAAAUGUUCAAAAGAUAAACAAAAACGUUUAAUUUAUGAACGAUUAUUUGAUUUAACAUCAGCUAAUGGUAAAAAACAACGUCGUCAUCCAUUUCAUUUCAUUGAACAACUAAAUAAUAAUCAUCAUCCUCAACAUCAUACAACAAAAGCACAAUUAAAUAUUGAUAAAAAUAAUCGACGACGAACAUUGAUGAAACCUCGUAUGAAAGCACGUUAUCCAUCCAAAACAAUGCCAACGGAUUAUGGUGCACCUUAUCCAUUUGUAAGACGACAACGUGGUGGUAAAACAUCAUACGCUGUCUACGGUUUACCAUUUGUUACUCAACCUCGACGACGAGCAACAUUAUCGUCAAGUAGUCAAUCAUUAAUGAACUUUGUUCGAAAUGAUAGUGGAGCGGGACCCGGCUACAUACGUUGGGCAUCAUCAUUAUCAAAUCAUAAUACUAUUGCUAAAGCAAUUGUUCAAUAA